UUCCGCGAGAGGGAAGCGAAACUGGUCGCUAUGGCCGCAAUGUCUCCUUAACAACCAAAGCGAAGGAAACAAACUUCUUUCGCGGCACCACAUCGGUACACGGCUCUGCGGCUUUUUGUCACGAUAAAUAUGAAGUAAAGGUGUUCGCUUAACUUAUAACCAGGAGCGGGGCAUGGCGGAGACGGCCGAGACCAAGAAAGAGGAGGCUGACUACAAGAGAGUGCACAACUUCCCUCUCAUCCGGAACACGGACAUGCCAGACGAGAUGAGGGUGGAAACCAUGGAGCUGUGCGUCACCGCCUGCGAAAAGUUCGCCACCAACAAUGAGAGUGCAGCGAAGAUGAUCAAGGAGUCGAUGGAUAAGAAGUUCGGCAGCUCGUGGCACGUGGUGAUCGGGGAGAGUUUUGGCUUUGAGAUCACGCACGAGGUCAAGAACCUUCUGUACAUGUUCUUCGGCGGCAGUCUGGCUGUGUGUGUUUGGAAAUGCUCCUAGCACAUGGCCACUUGCUGUUUUUGUGUCCUUACAUUUACAUUAAUUAAUUUAGCAGACGCUUUUCUCCAAAGCGACGUACAUCUCAGUGUACUUCAAUGUACUUACUCAUUCAAGUGUGUAUGUUGCAAUUCUCCUUGUAGGCAGCAGUGUCUUGCUGCUUUCAUGUUAUCCUUCAAGUUGGGUAUUCAUACGUGUGCGUGUUGGAGGGCUUCCGAUACACAAACUCUUUGACUUUCACUCACUGUUACACCUUCAUGUCCUCCUCCAGGCAUUGUUUUCACUGGUGUAUGUGUGUGAGUAUUGGAAGAUGUGUAAGGUUUUGGCUGUGGGAGAACAUUCCUUGAGUCAAAUCUCAUGUAACACGUUCCUGAUUUCCCAGAGGGACCAUCUGAUUUCUCAACACUCUGUUCUUUUGGCUGUACGUUUGUCCAUUUUCCCAUAUUUUUUUGAUCCCACGUUCCCCUCACUUUUCCCAUUAUUUUCUGGUGAUAAGAGGUUUCUUGUCAAGAGUUUACCUGGAUAUCUAUCAAGAAAAACUCACAUUCCCUCUGCCAUUUUCUUCCAAGCUCUUCUUUUAGCCUCACAAUGUCUGGACCACAGAACACUAACUGCUCUCCCAGUCGCCCACCUUGUGACAUCUUUAAUCUUUUUUUAUUACCCUCGCAUAAGAACUUUGUAAUUUUACCUGUGUAAAUACUUCAGUGCAAUUGUAAAGAUUUGAAACUGAUUUUUGUAAAACUAUUCACUGUUGAAUAUUGACCUGGUUACAAUGACAGCAAUGCAUUACUUUUAUUGUACACAUCCCAAGGGCUCCGUUAUCGUUGAUAAUCGGAAGAAAUAUUUCUGCAGUGUUGGCCAAAUUUAAAAUCUGAAACAAUCUUUUCAUCAGAUGUUUUAUUGUUGGUAUUUGUAUUAUUGAUAUUAUAGUUAAUAUGAUGUUACAAUACUAUCAAAGUUAUUUUACAUUUUUUCUAAGUGUUAAUAAUCUGUGAAAUGCUGUGGAGGAUGAGGAGUACUACAUAAAAAUGACUGAACAAUAUAUGAGGGCAGAGCCAUGGGGUGAGUCUAAAUGUUUGGUUAAUGACCAACAAAAGUCUCACUUAGAUCUAGUACUUUGCAGAAGCAGAAAUAUGUGAAUACUAGAAGAGGAAAAAAAUAAAAUGCAAAAAAAGGAAUAAAUUAACUUUUAAUUGGCCCAUUGAAAGUUAUCGGUUUUUGCAUUAAUGUCUUAUUUUAGUAAGACUGCGAUUGUGCUGAUGACUUGGCGCUUCUCUCGCAUACCCAUGAGGACAUCCGAGAGAAGACUGACCGAGUUGAAUGGGUAGCCAGAAGCGUUGGUCUCAGAAUCCAUCCUACCAAGUUCAAAUUGAUGAAAUUGAAGACCACCAGUAGAAAUAAGGCAACUGUCAACAUGAUAGAAUUGGAUGAAGUAAAGGACUUCAAGUGUCUUGGCAGCUACAUCUCAGUUGAUAGAAAUUUCUGUCUUAAUAUUGCUAACUGGAUUGCCCUUCCAGUGCAAGGUUUCAGCAGACUUAACAUCUGGAAGUCAUCUGUGCUGCAUGCCAGAACCAAGUUGAAAAUCUAUAAAUCGAAUGUGUGCUCAGUUCUGCUAUGCGCUACAGAAACUUGGAGGACAAACAAGAAGAUUGACAGCAGGCUCAGAGAUUUGGAAGGUUGAUGCCUCUGACGAAUCCUUAGAUUCCGCUGGGAACAACAUGUAAGUAACAGAAAUAAGUAAACGGAACAUCAUCACGGACAAAACGAAACAGGGAUGUUGGACGUGGCUGGGCCACGUACUGCACAUGAAUGUGACCGGACACCUAUACCUAGCACUGAGGUGGGCACCACCCAGCAAGCGAAAGAGAGGUAGACCCCUGGGCACCUGGAGGA